UUCCAAUUGCUUCCACGGAAAAACCAUAUUUUUUUUUUUGGUUUGGGUUCUCGCGAUAGCUGCUGCUCGCUCUCCAUCCUCGGCUGGACUGCGUGCGCGUCCAUCCCCUACGCCAUCCUCCUCCAGCUGCGGGUUCGGCGCGCCUCGGCUUUGCCUCCCCCCAAUCCCACCUCGCGCUCGCCGCCGGCAUUCCGGCAGUUCCUGCUGCGCUCGGGGCGGCCUUCCGGAACCGCGCUGCCGCGCCCCGAUGGACGACCCGGGAGCCGCCGACCCCGGCGCCGCGCGCCACCACCUCUCGCCGCAGCUCGGGGGGCAGCCGCCGGUGCCGCGCUCCCCGACCCCGCUCGACCUGGCGUCCGGGUACCGCCGCCUCUCGCCGUCGCUCCGCCCGCCGGCGCACCCGCAGCCGCGCCUCCCGUCGCCCUACGCCCAGAUCCCAGCGCCGGGGGGCGGGGACCACCACGCGCGCUCCCUCUCCCAGCCGCUCUUCUUCUCGCUCGACCCACUCCCGCCGCCGCCGUACGCCGAUCUGGGCGCCGCGGCGCACGCGGUGCCGCCGUCCCCGGCCUCGUCCAGCUCCGACCCGCAGCAGCAGCAGCAGCCGCCGCCGCCACCGCUCGGGCUGCCGCCCAGGAAGGGCGCCCACCGCCGCUCGCACAGCGACAUCCCCUUCGGCGGCUUCGCGCCGCUCAGCCCGCCGCUGCCCCCGCCGGCGCCGGUCAAGCGCGAGGUCACCGUCGCGGCCGAGGGGUGCAGAUUGGACGGCGGCGGCGGCGACGCCGCGCUCUACGACCUCGUCAACGCCUACAUGGACCUCGACGGCAUCGACCCGCUCAACUCCUCCGAGGACCGCCACGACGACCGCGACAGCCGCGCCAGCGGCACGCGCGCGGGGAGCGCGGCCGAGAGCAGCGAGAACGAGGCCGAGAGCCAGUCCACGUCGAUCGACAGGAAGGACGGGGGCAAGUCCCGGCAUUGUCGCAGCCUCUCCAUGGACAGCUUCAUGGGGACGCUCAACUUUUCUGCUGGGGAUGAGUCUCCCAAGCUGCCACUGCCUUCUCCCGGCGGCAGCCUCACCAGGAGUGGGAGUGGCUCUCUGGAAGGUGGUGCUGUGGCGCUGUUUGAUAUGGAGUUCGCCAAUGGAGAGUUCACCGAGUCUGAGAAGAAGAAGAUCAUGGCAAAUGAGCGUCUUGCUGAGAUUGCUUUGACUGAUCCCAAAAGGGUCAAAAGGAUUCUGGCCAAUCGACAGUCAGCGGCAAGGUCAAAGGAGCGCAAGAUGAGGUACAUCCAGGAGCUUGAGCACAAGGUGCAAGUAUUGCAGACAGAGGCUACAACACUCUCAGCACAGCUGACAAUGCUGCAGAGGGACUCAGCUGGACUGGCCACUCAGAACAAUGAGCUAAAAAUCAGGCUGCAAGCAAUGGAGCAACAAGCACAGCUGAGAGAUGCCCUGAAUGAAGCGUUAACCGCCGAGGUCCAGCGUCUGAAGCUCGCCACCGGGGAGAUCACCGAUGGGCGCAUGCCGAAGAGCCUACAGCAGCAGAUGAACUCCCAGAUGCUGCAGCUCCAGCAGCUGCAAAUACAGCAGCAGCAACAGCAGCAGGCACCCCAGUCGCAGCAGCAAGGCCAGCAACAGCAGCAGCAGCCCCAGAAAUCGGCAUAGACCGGGGGUCCAGAAAGGAUGCGAAAGCUAACUGAACAUGGCAGAUUGGAAAGGAUGUCCGUGAUGGUGGGGGGGGGGGGGGGAACAAUCUUUUGCAUAUAUCAGACAGGUUGUAGAAUAGCAGCAAUGGUCCCAUGGGUUUCUUUUGUCGAUUACCUUAGUUGGAGUAUGUUGCGAUGUCGCACCAUACAUGAGUCCUUGUGUUAAGGCGUCGUGGUAGCGUCCGCUGAACGUUCUUGGCUCAGUGCCUUCUUCAGUAACCUUUUGCCUUCAGAGGGUUAGAGGGUGUCACAAAAUGUACCAAUAGUGUAAUUAUUAUUGUUAUCUAUAGCGUACUACCUUAGUGCC